AUGACUACAGCCACGGAGAAGGCAGCAAUGCGAAAAGCAGCUCGUCGAGUGCCGCCCGAGCUGCGACAGCGCACGGCACGCAGCUGCGAUCGUUGUAAGGCAAGAAAACACAAGUGCCUGCAAAUCCCCGGGCAAGCUCGCUGUCAGCACUGCGAACAUUUCAAUUAUACCUGCAAGACCACCAAGCCUAGAAAGAAAAGACUUUAUGGCAGCGCAGACAAUGUGCGCGCUCGAAUUGCCUAUCUGGAGGGCAUAGUAAAACAAUACGUCAAUGCUGAAGGAGACCUUUCCUCUCUCGAAGUCCUGCAGGAGCUUGGAGCGUCGUUGAACAUUUCUGUUGGCAACAUCCAAGAUGUCAAGCUUGAUUGUCCAGAGAUCGAUCCAUACGAGCCAGAACAGUCACAAGAGCUGCAAGACUCUCAAGAAUCUCAAGAGCUCGAAGAGUCCGAAGAGCCUGAAGAUCCCGAAGAGUCCCAAGAGCUGCAGGACUCGCAAGAGCCACAGGAGGACGCCAGGGCGACAUCCACUGAGCAGAACGAGGAGCUUGUUCAAGACCAGCAAGGCCAAGAUCAGUACAUCGGCCCUGCAAGCUCCUAUUUCUUCCAAAUGAAGCUCAGGAGCCUCCUGGGGCGUCAACGCCAGCACCCAAGGUGUCAGAUGUAUCUCUUCGGUCCCAAUCCUACCGAGGAGACUCUGAAACCAUUCGCUAGUGAUGUCCUCACAGAUUUCGAUGUCCGAGCGAUUGCGAUACCUUCGCAACUUGGUGUGGAUGCCGCUUGUCUACCGUACUCGGUGCCUUUGCUGGACCAUUUCGUCAUCGAGGGACUGAUCCGAGCUUAUUUCGACUAUGUCAACGUCGACUUCCCUGUUCUCCAUGAAGCCUCGUUCUUGGAGACCUUCAAUAGAUGGCGAGUUUCACCAAGUUCGGUCGACCGACCGUGGGUCUGUGGUCUGUUAUGCGUAUUGCUCCUGAGCCGACGCAUUAUGCCGCUAGGUACGACUGAGACUCAGCAGCAAAAAUGGUGGACUUAUGUCGAGUCACUCUUGCCGAGCAUGAUCUUCACGAACAAUAUCCAUUCAAUCCAGGCACUGAUGCUGGCUGCCUUGCAUCUUCACAACACAAAUCAUCGUGACGCAUGCUGGACUCUGACUGGAGUAGCAGCCCGGAUCGCAGUUGCCAUUGGACUUCAUCGCGAUGAAGUAGUGUGUGAAGGCCCGCAACUGAAUAGAGAGCUUAGGAGAUCACUUUGGUGGACUCUCUAUAGCUUCGAGCAGAUUCAGGUCUCCUCUCAUGAUCGGCCCAGUGCCAUAGAAAGUACAUUAGGCUCCACUUCGCCGAAUGAGAGAGUACUCAACAUCAAUACCUCCAAUUGGCCUGCAGAUUAUGCGCCCUGGUCGACAAAGCUUGUGUCCAUCCUAGGCCUCGUAUGCCGCGCACUGCCAAAUCUCACUAGCGAGAGCGGCUUUUCCUCCGUCGCUGAAUUACUUGGGGAAUUGACUCUGUGGCAUACAUCGCUACCACAGCAUCUGUCCCUCCAGGGAUUCGACAUGUUGCCCGAUGGACACAAGAGACCGGUUCUCUUGCUGCAUAUCCAAUAUCACUAUACGGUCUCUUUGCUCACUCGCCACUCAUUGUUGCGACACCUUGCUUCCACGAUUCAAGGGCAGACCAGUGACAUGAAUGAAAAAGAACUCGAGACAAUCGCUAGGGUGUGUUGCGAAUCCGGUCGGAAAAGUUGCGAAUUGUUGUUGCAUCUUGAUAUGAUCGGAAAGUUCAAUGCUGUGACCUGGUGGGACAUCUAUUACGUGUAUUCCUCGGCAUUAGUUAUGACGCUGAGUAUCUUGUCCGAUUGUACGCGACAGCAGAGUAAGGGGCAUAGCAAUCAUGAAUCGCUCUCCCUGCUCCACAACUGUGCGCUCAUUCUUAACCGUCACUCGGGUAACCCGAUGGUGCCCGAUACCAUGCGUCGCUGGAUUGGAGCUAUCUAUGACAUCGACAUGUUGGUUCAUGAAAGAGUAAGCCCGACGCAACAGGAACCUUUCAAUCAACAGGCACCUUUCAAUCAACAGGUACCUUGCAAUCAACAGGCACCUUUCAAUCAACAGGUACCUUGCAACCAGCAGGUACCUUACAACCAGCAGAUACAUUGCAACCAACAAGCACCUUUCAACCAGCAGAGCCAUAGCAUUACCCAUUCAGGUAUCGCUAAUACUCUCGUCGAGCUUGGUUCUCAAAGAGAUAUGUAUGGCUCCUUUGCCAGGAAUGAGUUCUACCCCAACACAGAGCACAACGCCUUGCAGAUGAACCCAGAAAUGGGUAUGGUCAUGAACGGCAACAAUGUUCCUGGGAUGCCCAUGCCGGUUUGGGGUGGUGAAAAUGAAUAUUUCUCUUGGGACUCAAUCGGGUGCAUGUUGCUUGGAGUGGAGGCACUCGACAGCUCGUUCGGGCUUUGA